AAGAGUCCGCAGCCGUAAGGGUCCCGGUACUUGGGCGUCCGGAUCGACGAGGGCUGGCGCUUUAAGGCCCCGGCUGCAACGGAUUCUCGGGAGGUGCCGCUGCGCGGGGAUGGGCUCGGGUGAGCCCCGCAAUUGCAGGGCGACCUAGGGGCAGGUGAGGAUGUUCUGGAUCUGCAGGGACAUGCUCGCCCGUGUUAGUUGAGGCUCCGGACUGGGUUCUUGAAGGAUCCGGGCGUGCGCGUCUGUGUGUCUCACCACAGAGAUUGCUGUCUUCUGCGUGCGGCAUUAUCCCCAGUAGGAGAAGCCGGGCCGGCUGCUUUCCUCCUAUGACAGGUGUUCGAUCUGGUCCUCCUGUCAGCGAGGCAGUCCUCGCGAGAUUACACUAAGGUAGAGUCAGAUCGAGGAUAGUCAUCUGGGGUUUUCCAGGGACUUGUGCCUUAAGGACUGUUCAAGGUGUGAGAAGUGGCUGUCUGCCAAGUCCAGCACCAUGCACACCCUUGUGUUCCUCAGCACACGGCAGGUGCUUCAGUGCCAGCCAGCUGCCUGCCAGGCCCUGCCCCUGCUGCCCCGAGAGCUCUUCCCCCUGCUGUUCAAGGUGGCCUUCAUGGACAAGAAGACAGCUGUGCUGCAGGAGCUGGUGCACACGUGGCCCUUCCCACUACUUAGUUUCCAGCAGCUACUGCAGGAGUGUGCCCAUUGCAGCCGAGCCUUGCUGCAGGAGCGGCUCAGCACAGAAAGCAUGCAGGCUGUGAUCCUGGGGUUGACUGCCCGGCUUCACACUCCAGAAAGAGAGGCUGGCAUACAACCCUUUUGCAGGAAACAUGCAUUGCGGGUGCUAGACAUGACUGGUCUUCUGGAUGACGGUGUGGAGCAGGAUCCUGGGACCAUGAGUAUGUGGGACUGCACAGCAGCUGUAGCCAGAACGUGUAUUGCCCAGCAGCAGGGUGGGACUGCUGAGCCAGAGCUGUCACUACCGGUCCCUGUGGAAGUUCGUGUAGACCUUCGGGUAAACCGGGCCUCCUACACAUUCCUUCACGAGGCACUCCAAAGUAGUGUGGACAGCCCACUGCGGCUUUGCUGCCGGGACCUCCGGGCUGAGGAUCUGCCCAUGCGCAACACUGUGGCUCUGCUGCAGCUUCUAGAUGCAGGCUGUCUGCGCCGUAUAGACCUGCGCUUCAAUAACCUGGGGUUGCGUGGCCUGUCUGUGAUUAUCCCACAUGUGGCCCGCUUUCAGCACCUAGCUAGCCUGAGGCUGCACUACGUGCAUGGGGACUCAAGGCAACCUUCCGUGGAUGGUGAGGACAACUUUCGAUACUUUCUGGCCCAGAUGGGCCGCUUUGUCUGUCUUCGGGAGCUCAGCAUGGGCUCUUCUCUCCUUUCAGGCAGGCUGGAUCAACUGCUCGGCACCCUACAGAGCCCCCUGGAAAGCCUAGAGCUGGCCUUCUGUGCACUGUUGCCUGAGGACCUACGCUUCUUGGCUCAGAGCUCUCAUGCUGCCCACCUCAAGAAGCUAGAUUUGAGUGGAAACGACUUGUCAGGCAACCAGUUGAUACCCUUCCAGGGGCUGUUGCAGGCUGUUGCAGCCACACUGCUGCAUCUUGAGCUGACUGAGUGUCAACUUGCUGAUGCCCAGCUGUUGGCCACACUGCCCACCCUGACUCAAUGUGUCAGUCUCCGCUACCUUGGUCUCUAUGGCAACCCUUUGUCUAUGGCAGGACUUAAAGAGCUGCUUCGGGACUCUGUGGUACAGGCUGAGCUCCGCACUGUGGUGCACCCCUUCCCUGUGGAUUGCUAUGAGGGCCUUCCUUGGCCACCACCUGCCUCUGUCCUUCUGGAAGCCUCCAUCAAUGAAGAGAAGUUUGCCCGGGUAGAGGCUGAGUUGCACCAGCUACUGUUAGCUUCAGGCCGUGCCCAUGUACUCUGGACCACUGACAUCUAUGGGCGCCUGGCUGCAGACUAUUUCAGUCUCUGAUCUCCAAGGUAUUGAUGAGAUAGGUCAAGAGCCUUGGGAACUCGGCUGGAGGCCUGACACAAAGGCUUUCUUAGGUUUUAUGGGAUUUGCCUUGCUCCUGGGUAUACCUUGAGUCACCUACUUUUUGGCAGUAUCCUCACCUGUUCCCAGUGUCUGAAUGUUGGUAUCUCAGGACUGUGCUCCCCUGCUCUGUAUGUUGCAGCCUCUCUGCAGAAAACUGAGUCCCUGGGCAUACCCCAUGCCCUUAGAAGGAGUGCAGUGCACUAGUGCACUGAGGUAGAUGCUAAGAUCAUCUGCUUCAGGGAGUCCCCAUGCUGUCUGGGGAUUUACGCUGUGCAUCUUGCCUGGCACCCGAGGCGCAGUAUUACCUGGCUCUGUAGGGUGUGAGCAAGGUACAAUGUGCAGUGUCUGGAACUUGAAUUUAUGAGCUUUUUUUGGUGUGUGUGUCCUGACUGGAUGGGAAAGACUUGCCUACAUUUCUGGUGUUGCCUCAUCAUGGCAAGAAGCCAAGUAUCAUCCAAGCUACUGACCCAUUUCCUCACUAGGUUAUCACGUUAUUCCUACUGUCCAAAGCCAGAGUGGAUCGCCAGAGCUGGCAGCUGGGGACGCCUUAUCUAUGGCCUGGUCACAUACCCACAGUUACUAACCCACCACACAGCAUUGUAGAGCGGCUUCAACUUUACUAAUGAGCAUGUGCGGGGCUGCACCGCCCAAUCCCCGGUGUCCACGUCAUUGACGCGCGCGGCAGGCUUAGCAAUGGAUCUCAUAGGCAACACGUGGAGGGAGGCGUAGCCCAGACAUAAGCCCUUCCGGAGGGUUUUGUUCAGCUGGCUCCUCAGGCGGUAGCUCUGCGAACAAAGGCUUGGAACGGUCAAUGACGAACAUCUCGUGUCCGCGUUCAUCACGGAGUUCCUCGAGCUGCGCAAAGGUGCAAGGCCCGUCUGAAUAGUCGUUGACGAACAAUGUGCCUUCCCCCGGGGGCGCAGGCACCUUUUUACGCCGCCGCCGGCGUCGGCAGAUCAUGGCAGCCAGGAGCAGCGCAGUGAGCGCCAGCAGCACGAUAGCUGCUGCGAUCGCUGUCUGCGUUGCUAGGCCCAGGGCGCGGAAGGCCAUGCUGCCUGCCUCGUGCCGGGGCUCGUGUCCCACCGGGCGUGUAGCCGGGGCCUGCGGGGCGGGUGGCUGCUGUGACUGCUGCCGGGAUACGUUGACCAGGAGAUGAAAGGGCACACGCACUUUGCCACCAGCAUUGGUGGCCUCACAUUCGUACUUGCCAGCGUGAGCUAGUGUGAUGUUUGUGAGGAAGAGCAUUCCGCUGCCAGUGUCACGGGUCGCAUACCCACCCAGGCCUGGUGUUCCAGGUUCCAGCUGGGCUUGGGCUUGAGGUUUGCCAUCGCGAGCCUGGGGCACCUUUCUCCAGACCACCAGGGGCUGUGGGUAUCCUGAUGCCUGGCAGGCUACCUGCAGGUCCUCCCCCAGGUUAGCUGUGAGCUCUGGGGGCUCUACGUUCACAGAGGGAGGAAUGCAGAUGAGGCUACCACCAGAUACUUCUAGUAGAUUCUGUAGCGCCAGGCGUGGGGGCUCAGCACAUGUGAUCUUCUUGUCUCUGGAGCUCAGCAGCCGACGGCCCCCCUCUUUGAUCCAAGAGCCCAGCCAGUGAAGGGCGCAAUCACAACGCCAUGGGUUCUCUGUGUAGGGCAAGAACACAGCCUAGGUAGAUGGUCCUGCUGAUCCAGACAAAAACCCUUUCCCACCUUUUACAGAUGCCUCUGGAGUCCCGGAACCCUUACCACCUCUUCCCUCAGUCCAAGUUCCUAGGAGUGUGUGUGAUGCUUCUCUGAAAUCCCAUUUUGUAAGGUUCCACGUCCUCUCAUAUUCCAGCAGUCCUGAAAACCUGUUGUCAAAUGUGCACUCCAGUUUUUGCCUGUCUGCCCUCUGAUGACAAGUUGCAAGAGCCUCAGUUCUGUUAAGUUUACGCUGUGGAACUAGUACUUAUCUUCCUUGCACAGGUGCAUGAACUCUACUAGCACUCCCUGGUGGUCCCUCACCAAGGCUGAAGGUUCUGGUGUGACCCUGUCAUGGACUGCCAUAGUGCAGCAAGAGAGAAAGGGAGGCAAAUCUCCAUAGAAUCUGGUUGAAGCGUCUCACCAAGUGUGACUCAAGGAUUACAGCACAAUUAACAUUUGCUUUGAAGAAUGUCAACAUAAUCAUAUUCCUUUUAAAUACAGAGGAAUGUUAAAAUAGCAGUGAAACACACUUAGAGCCUAAGCAUAUAUAAAUAUGAUCUUCAAGAAUGACCUUACUCCUUUUGUAGGUGAUUACUGGGGUAAUCAUAAGACUAAACCUUUGUUUACAGUAAGGGCAUCUUCCCUUACAACCAUUGGUUCCUAUGGAUUUAUUUGCCCUAUCAAUUGUAACACCAUCCAAUGUACAGGAACCAUCCUAUAGUCUCACUUAAGUUUUGUUUUUUGAGACAGGCUUUCUCUGUGUAGCUCUGGUUGUCCUGAACUAGGGUAGCCUUGAAUUCAGAGAUCUCCUGCGUCUGUCUCCUGAGUGCUGGGACUAAAGGCUUGUAUCACUAUGUCCAACCCACUUAGGUUCUUUAUUGUUUGAGAUGUACUUUCUGAAGCCAUCAAAACCAGUAUAUAUGGCUACUGUCAAGGCACUUAUUUGUGAUUGUAACACCCACACCAAUGCUCUUGUGUGUCUUUCUUCCAUAGCACCUGUCUUAACCUCAUGUUUUACACCUAUGUUCCCUUUAAUAAACCCCAGCUCUGUCACA